AGGGAGAGUCUGUCCUUUUCAGUGGGAUGUGAUUUCUUAUUCCGACUCAAUAAAGUCUCUUCCCAAUAUUUUCAGUUUAUAAUCAGGAAGAAGAUUCCUUUUAUGUGCAUCAUGAUAUACUGCUGUCUGCAUACCCUCUAAGCGUGGAAUGGCUGAAUUUUGAUCCUAGCCCAGAUGAUUCUACAGGAAAUUAUAUUGCUGUGGGAAAUAUGACCCCUGUUAUUGAAGUGUGGGACCUUGAUAUUGUGGACUCUUUAGAACCAGUCUUCACACUUGGAAGUAAGCUAUCAAAAAAGAAGAAAAAGAAAGGAAAGAAGAGUUCCUCAGCAGAGGGGCAUACUGAUGCUGUCCUGGACCUUUCCUGGAAUAAGCUGAUCAGAAACGUGCUGGCAAGUGCAUCAGCUGACAACACUGUAAUUCUGUGGGAUAUGUCCUUAGGGAAACCAGCAGCUAGCCUUGCUGUACACACAGACAAGGUCCAGACUCUGCAGUUUCAUCCAUUUGAAGCACAGACUCUGAUUUCUGGAUCCUAUGAUAAGUCAGUGGCUUUGUAUGACUGCCGAAGUCCAGAUGAAAGCCAUCGAAUGUGGCGAUUCAGCGGGCAGAUUGAGAGAGUGACUUGGAAUCACUUUUCACCUUGUCAUUUUUUGGCUAGUACAGAUGACGGCUUUGUAUAUAAUUUGGAUGCACGUUCAGAUAAGCCAAUUUUUACACUUAAUGCACACAACGAUGAAAUCUCUGGUCUUGAUCUAAGUAGUCAGAUCAAGGGCUGUCUUGUGACAGCAUCAGCAGACAAAUAUGUGAAGAUCUGGGACAUACUGGGAGACAGGCCAAGUCUGGUUCACUCUAGGGACAUGAAAAUGGGAGUUCUGUUCUGUUCUUCCUGUUGUCCUGAUUUGCCGUUUAUUUAUGCCUUUGGAGGUCAGAAAGAAGGGCUUCGGGUCUGGGAUAUAAGCACAGUCUCAUCAGUAAAUGAAGCAUUCGGAAGACGAGAGAGGCUUGUUCUUGGCAAUACGAGAAGUUCAUCUAUUAGUGGCCCUUUUGGGAGCAGAAGCUCAGACACACCAAUGGAGUCUUAAUGUGGAGCAUAAAAUUUUGUUUUUUAUUACCUUAACUCAGUUUUAAAAGCUGACCUAGAAACAUCCAUGUGUAGCUACAGCCAUGUAGUGACUGAAACAAACUUCAUUAUUUCCUACUGCCAGACAUUCCUCUUCAGCUAUGGCGGCAGCACAAGCAGGGCUGGUCUUUGCGUUUGCCUUUUCAGUGUGUGGUGUUUAGGGCUCCUACUGCAUUUCUUGAAGAGGAUAAUAAAGAGGUUUUUAAAAAAUAA